AUGGCGUCUGCUUAUUACGAGUUUUAUCGUGGAUCCUCCAUUGGAAUGGCCUUGACGGACUCGCUGGACGAGCUCAUCACUAGUGGCUCGAUUACCCCCCAAUUAGCGAUGAAAGUUCUACAACAGUUUGACAAGUCCUUGGCGGACACUAUGGUCAAACAGGUCAAGAAUAAAACUACUUUAAAGGGUCAUUUACACACAUAUCGUCUCUGUGACGACGUAUGGACGUUUAUCGUUAAGGAUGCCUCCUUCAAAAUGGAAAGCAACGAACUCGUCAAUGCACCGAAGAUAAAGAUCAUUGCUUGCAAAAACGGGGAGGCUAUCGAGAGUGGUAAUAGGCGAUGA